CUACGGUAAAAUUAAUUUAAGACGCAAGAUGAAUAAACAAAAUUUGAAACCAAACUCCCGGGGGGAAUAUUUGCUCUCAUUGGUAGGAAUAAAAUUGCAAAAAGAUAUGGACAGCAAUGGAACAAAAGCAUCGUCCCAAAUACCUUCAUUAAUUGCCGAAGCUGACCUACAAUUUGAUGAAGAAGCUCCAACUACAAGUGGAGUGCAAGCUUCAUCUGCUUUUGUGCAAAAUGAUUCCGAAGAUAGCUGUUCUUCAUCUUCCGUUGAUUUUUCCUCGUAUGACUCUCAGAAGGAUCCUGAAUACUGUACGAGCCAAACUUCAGAAAGUGAUGGCGGCGAGAAAUCGCUGAGCGUGAGCAGCAGCAACUUACCGGUGAUGGAAAGCCCCAAAGCUAAAGAGAAAACAAGGAAAAGGAGAGCAAACCCAGAUAAUUGGAAAAGGAAUCAAACUAAAAAACUAAGGAACACAGUGAAAAAAAUGAGUGGUGCCAUUUUUGCAGGCGGUGAGCGAUAUCAGCUACGAGAACAAACUCAAGAGGAAGAGCUAGUGGUGGGUGUAUUUUUGGGUACAAAAAAGACCUGA